UUUCCGGUGGUGGUAAGACGGCGCGGGCGCUAUGAGCUCCGCUCGCUUAUGAUAUUCAAAGAGUUUAUUUUUAUAAUUAGAUAAAGAAUAAGUGUUUCAGUUUUAGUUAACUCUAAACUAUCUAAUUAAAUAAAUGGGUAAACCAGAGUUUAGUAGUCCGCGUGGCGGCGGCGGCCGUGGUGGAUUUCGAGGAGGCCGAGGAGGAGGCGGCGGCGGUCGAGGGGGCUUCGGUGGUGGCCGAGGUGGUUUCGGCGGUGGCGGUGGAGGAAAGUUUGAAAAGCGAGGUGGAGGUGGAGGCCGGGGCUUCGGUGGACGAGGCGGCGGAGGCCGUGGACGAGGUGGUGCUCCUAGAGGUGGACGAGGCGGUUUUAAAGGAGGAAAACAAGUUAUUAUUGAACCCCACAGACAUCCUGGAGUUUUUAUCGCGAGAGGAAAGGAAGAUGCAUUGGUUACGAAGAAUUUAGUUCCCGGCUCGGAAGUUUACGGAGAAAAGAGAAUAUCAGUUGAGAAUGAAGGAGACAAGGUGGAAUACAGAGUAUGGAAUCCGUUCAGAUCGAAAUUAGCUGCUGCCAUCAUGGGUGGUGUAGAUGCUAUACACAUGCCUCCGGGAUCAAGGGUGUUGUAUCUCGGAGCAGCCAGCGGUACAACAGUCAGUCACGUCUCAGAUGUUGUUGGACCUGAAGGCCUAGUGUAUGCAGUGGAGUUCUCACACAGAUCGGGACGCGAUCUUAUAAAUGUAGCCAAGAAACGAACAAAUAUUAUUCCAAUUAUUGAAGAUGCAAGACACCCGUUAAAAUAUAGAAUGUUAGUAGGUAUGGUAGACACAAUAUUCGCGGACGUCGCUCAACCGGACCAAGCUAGAAUUGUCAGUCUAAACGCACAACAUUUUCUUAAGAACGGAGGACAUUUUGUUAUAUCUAUUAAGGCAUCAUGUAUAGACUCAACUGCUCAACCAGAAGCUGUUUUCGCAGCUGAAGUUAAAAAGUUACAAGCGGACAAACUAAAACCUCAAGAACAGUUAACUUUGGAGCCCUACGAGAGGGACCACGCAGUAGUUGUAGGAGUUUUCAGACCACCGGCGAAGAAAGCGUAGUAGUAUUUGUAAUAUAAGUAAUAUAACAUUUUAAUGAAAGUGCAUCUUAAAUUUACUUUGCUUAUUUGAUAUUCCAUGAAAUCAUUCAAAAAAUUUGUCUGGCAAUUUUUGCUAUAGAAAUAUCAUUUGAAAAUUUUAAUAAAAAUAAUGUGUAUUUUUAUUAACAUUUCUAUCAGUAAGUUAAUGUUUCAAUACAAAUAGUUGUAAGUUAGGUUAAGUUGUGGACAUACGAGGUGAUGUAUGUUAUUAUUUUAAGAGAUAAAUAAAGACGGUGCGAUUACUA